AUGUUUGAAGCAGGAAAAGACACAUCAGCCCUUGGAGCGGCUCCCGCCGGCGGCCAAUGGCACUUGUUUGUUAGUUCCUUUGCUCGUUCCCCGUUGUUGUUUUGUAAUGCUGCUGAGAAACGUAGGCGUAAGGCUGCUGAGAAACGAAAUUUCAAUGGACAAAGAUGCAAAAACAUAUUGUUUAUAUGCCCACGAUAUACAUUUAUGAAACAACAAAAAACAUAUUUUCUCUCGCAUUUAGAAAACCUUGUCCAAUACCUUAUGAAAAAUCCAUUACAGAAUAUAAUAAUUAAUAAACAUCUUUGUUCUUCAUCCGUGCAUUAA